UGCUGUCCUUGAUCCUUACACACAUUAUCAGAUCAACUUGAGCAAGAUUACAGAUUAUGCUUCUGCACUAACUGAUGCCAUCGAGAAGAUAGCAGACCCAGAUAGUGCUGUUUUGGCUAUUAAUGAAAUCAUCACUUAUAGGGAAUGAUGUGGGAGGUUUGGCCAAAGUCUGGCACGCUCUUCAGCAGAAACCAUGGCACCAACUGAGUGGUGGUUCCAAUUUGGAGGGGAAGUUCCUAAUCUGCAGAAGUGUGCAUUGAGAAUUGUUUCACAAUGUGUGUCCUCAAGUGGCCGCGAGAGGAAUUGGAGUGCUUUUGCCAUGGUCCACACAAAGCAAAGAAACCGUCUUCUAUAUGGCAAGCUCCACAAAUGUGUUUCUGUACGCCACAACUUGAAGAUACGUGCUGAAGAAGACCAAGAUGAUGUGAAACAAAGUUAUAGAGAGAAGGAAGGAUCUGCAACUACUAUUCCUGUUGAGCAACCUACUACUGCUGCUCAACAAGGAUCUGCAACACAUGUUCCUGAUCAGCAGCCAGCAAAGAAGAGUCAGAAGAGAAAGACCACCGCAGAGACUCUCAGCCAACUCCAAAUGCAUUUGCUGGUGCUUCUUUCUCUCAACAUGCCAAUGAAAGUUCCCAACAAACUACCAGGCAGUCCCAGCAAGUUGCCAGCUCCAUGA